ACCGGUUACAAAAUAACCUUCUUUUGAGUAGAGUAGAAAUUUUGUUUCCAACUUUUCGAAACAUUCGAAUAAGAUUUUUUGGAGGGGUUCAGCAUCAGGACAAGCUGAACAGAUAUGGACGCAGACUAAAUUUCUUCAAAACGCAUGAAAAUACAUUAUUUUUCAGAACAACCCUCUUCCCUUUCUUCAUUCCGUAGUGGUUUGGCAUCAUAUGAUAGUAAAGUCAUAUGACAUUUGUUUCCUUAUUGCCUACAAGAACGCUCUUGUAGUAGGCCUAGUACCUCAUUUGGACGUUUGUAGGUAGGAUGGCCGUCGUUCAUAGAGUUGGUUUUGUUAUAUUGUUGUUUAUGGUCACUUACUGCACGUGCAGAUACGAGCCCACCUGGGAAUCCAUAGACUCUCGACCGAUUCCAGGAUGGUAUGAUGAAGCCAAGGUUGGCAUUUUCAUACACUGGGGAGUAUUCUCUGUCCCAAGUUUUGGGAGUGAAUGGUUUUGGUGGUAUUGGCAGGGCACGAAAGUUCCACACUACGUUAACUUCAUGAAUAAGAACUAUCCUCCUGGCUUCACGUAUGGUGAUUUUGGACCCAUGUUUACAGCAGAGUUUUUCAAUGCCAAACAGUGGGUGGACAUAUUUGCUUCAUCGGGAGCUAAAUACAUCGUUCUUACUACAAAGCACCACGAAGGCUUUACAUUAUGGGGCUCAAAGAAUUCAUGGAACUGGAACGCAGUGGACGUGGGACCACGGCGGGACCUGGUAGAUGAGCUGUCCACGGCCCUACGAGAUCACACCAGCCUGCACCUGGGCCUGUACCACUCCCUUUUUGAGUGGUUCCACCCACUCUUCAAUCAGGAUAAAGCCAACAGCUACAAGACCAACUACUUCCCCACCACCAAAUCCCUGCCUGAGCUCUAUGACUUGGUCACCAAGUUCAAGCCUGAGAUCCUGUGGUCUGACGGGGAUGGAAAUGCUCCAGACUAUUACUGGAACAGCACUAGCUUUCUUGCGUGGCUCUACAACGACAGCCCAGUGAAGGACACCGUUGUGACCAAUGACCGAUGGGGAUACGGCACCAUCUGCAAACACGGAGGCUUCUACACCUGCGCCGACCGCUACAACCCUGGGCACCUGCUCAAGCGCAAAUGGGAGAACUGCAUGACCAUUGACCAGAAGUCAUGGGGCUACCGCAGAGAGGCAGUGCUUCAGGACUACCUCUCCACCGGGGACAUCAUAAAGACACUGGUGGAGACUGUGUCUUGUGGUGGGAAUUUGCUGAUCAAUGUGGGGCCCACCCAUGACGGACGCAUCGCCCCCAUCUUUGAGGAGCGUCUGAGACAGAUGGGCCAGUGGCUCAAAGUUAAUGGGGAGGCCAUCUACAGCACCACUGCAUGGAGGGCCCAGAAUGACACAGUGACCUGUGGCGUCUGGUACACUGCCAAACCGCAGGAGAAAGCUAUCUAUGCAAUCACCCUGUCCUGGCCCACUGAUGGAUCUAUCAUUCUUGGUGCACCUAAGGUCACUGAAGGUCAGACUCAGGUGGCGCUGUUGGGCUACAAGGAGCUGAAAUGGGAGCCGGUGGCAGCUGGAGGUCUGAGGGUGUACUUGCCUCAGCUCUCCCCAUCUGAGAUGCCUUGCUCUUGGGCCUGGACACUGAAGCUCACUGGUGCCUCCUAGAGGAGAAGAAGAUGACAGUGAGAAAUGACCGAGUUAUGAAUGAAGCACAGGAUAUGAAUGAAUGUGGUUUAAGUGCACAGAGGGUCAUCUGGAUCAGAGACUCGAACUGAGCCAUUGUUUUGAUUGUCAUGUUUCAGAAUACACAGGUGACAUUUAAGUCCACCUGUUACUGGAUUAUUAUAGAUUAUUGCAUAGAUUUUUAGUUGCAUUAAGGUGUAAGGUUUUUUUUUUCAGAGGGACCUAUUAAACAAUGUUUUAUUGAUGCACAUAUUGUGUUACUUUUACAGUUAGAUGUAAGAUUUUUUUUUAAUGCAAAUCUUUUUUUAGAACACUGAUUGUGCACUAUACAUUUUUAGUUUUGAGGUUGGUUAUAAAUGCACUUUGGGGGAUGAUAGUAAUUCUUAGUAAAAGUGAAAAGAUGUAAUCAAGGUGGCAUGGUUUUCUCAGGGUUUGUUGGGGUGCCUCAGAAAUGGUUUGGAUAAUGAGUUAGUUUAGGUUUGUGAAGGGAUUACAAUGGAUGGAAAGAUGGGGGGGUGAUAUUGUCAUUAUUGAAUGUGCCUGCACUGCGUUCUUGAUCUGUUUUUGAAAAGGGAUCCUUAUGAUUAUAUAGGUUUGUCAGAACUGUGACAUUUUAAUCCACCAAUUUCCUUAAUCAUUCCAUGUAUGAUUUCUGUACCCCUUUUUAAAAGAAGAUGUUUUUGUAAUAAAUUAUUUGGAUGUGCUUAA